AUGACGACAAAUGCAGCGGUGCUCCACCGAACAGCGCCUUACGCAGCUCUCAAAAGCAGCAAUAGUCACGGCGAACCUCCCAUUGAGGUACAGACGGCAGACUCUGUUGCAGAAGGCAACAGUAGCAGCAGCGAUUCUGAGAGCGAGUAUGAGAUCCUGUACCCCGGACAUGACGGCACCCAGGAGAUCCUGGAUAACAGUGACUUCUACGGCAAAUUCAUGCCCAGCACGGACGUGCUGUCCGAGUCCGUGCUGCAAUUCUGUGGCAGCUUCUCGGUGCGCAUGGCUCCUCUGGUCGCCACGGCAUUGGUGCGGAGGUUUACGGACGCUCGCUUCAAUUGGGCCACGAAGACGCUGCAGUCCUUUUUGGAGAUGGUGUGCUGGAUCAGUGUCACGUGUGCGACCUACUCGUUAUACGGUGACCUGCUGUUUGCCCUGGAGGUUGGAACCUUUGUAGGCGCCAUGAUGUCCGUGUGCGACGAAAUUGUGUUGCAGUUUGUGCGUGGAUUGGCGCGCGUUAUCCGUAACCAGCCAGGAGGCGGAGACUUGUUGCAACGUCUUGGCUUUGACGUGCCGAAGAACGGCAAGGCUCCGACGGACGGCCAGGAAAUCACUCUCAUCAAGAACCUGGUGUUUGGCUACCUUGGAGUCGUGGCAGUGCGUUCAUUGUGGGAAAAUUAUCACGAUGUCAAGUUUUUUGCUCUGCUGACAGCUUGUACGGGUGUGGCCUUCGUGGUUACGGCCGAGUUCUGUUGCCUCUGGCUACCGACACGGCGUGUUGGACUGACACUUCAGUCGCGGUUUACCAAGGUCAGAAGAAACUGGCAGGAUCAUUGGUUGCGUUCCUUGGUGGAGAUACUCUGCUGGACGAUGUUGACGAGCUACUUGUACUACAGCUCGGAGGACUUCUGGUGGGCCUUCCAGGUAGGCACUUUGGUCGCGGUGGGCGUGAGUUUAAGCUCCGGACUCGACCACCUCGCAGACGUCGACACUUAUCAGACCGACAAGCCAGAGUACGGCUUCUGGGAGGAGCGUGCACUGGAUGAUCCGUUCAUGGCGUUGGCGGGUCGACUGGUGAAGGUUCAACACGCGUUCGAAGCAUUCGGACGGGCGGUGGAGACGGAGGCCAUGAAUAUGUACGAAAACUUCGGCGAGUAA